AGCGAGGUCGGAGGUUCCGCUGCUGAGUGCUGUGUUUUCCCACGGCGCAGUGUUCCUGAAGGCAGCGCGGCGCUCCGCUGCCAUGUUGUUGUGAGAGUCCGGAGGAGCGGGACGGAGGCGACCGAGAGGCGGACAGAGAGGCGCAGUGUGUCGGUGUGUGUCAGCGGACACUCGGUGAGCAGGGAGCCGCGGCUCCACGGACCCGGUGCGGACCCAGCUCGGCUCUGUGUGGACCUCUCGCUCCGGUGAGGUGAAGAUGGUGGACCGGCUCGCGAACAGCGAGGCCAACUCCAAGCGCAUCGGGGUGGUGGAGGGCUGCUUUGGUGCAGCAGGUCAGCCGCUGGCCAUCCCUGGUCGCGUGCUAAUUGGCGAAGGCGUCCUAACUAAGCUCUGCCGCAAAAAGCCCAAGGCGCGGCAGUUCUUCCUCUUCAACGACAUCUUGGUCUACGGCAACAUCGUUAUCCAGAAGAAGAAGUACAACAAGCAGCACAUCAUCCCGCUGGAGAGCGUCACCAUCGCCACGGUGCCGGACGAGGGCGACUUGCGCAACGGCUGGCUCAUCAAGACGCCCACCAAGUCCUUCGCUGUCUAUGCCGCCACCGCCACCGAGAAGUCAGAGUGGAUGAACCACAUAGGGAAAUGUGUUGGAGACUUGCUUCAGAAAAGCGGCAAGGCGCCAACUGGAGAGCAUGCCGCUGUCUGGGUGCCUGACUCGGAGGCGACGGUGUGCAUGCGCUGCCAGAAGGUGAAGUUCACACCUGUCAGCCGCCGCCACCACUGCAGGAAGUGCGGCUAUGUGGUCUGCGGGCCGUGCUCAGACAAGAAGUGCCUUCUGCCCAGCCAGUCGUCCAAACCUGUUCGAGUCUGCGAGCCCUGCUUCGUGCAGCUGACGUCGGGAAGCCAGGCGUCGCGCUCAGACUCCAUCGGCCGGAUGGGGUCAAAAUUCAACAACCUGUCAGACGAUGAGGACGAAGACGACAGCAGUGACUGAGGAACUCAUCGUCCUCCACGCGGCCGGUCCCGUCCCCGUCUCCAGGAGGAAACACUCUGCUUCUGAGUUCUUUCUCCUCUGAUCAGGCUCCACCUCUGAGGAUUGAUUUGUUAAAUUCGUGUCAGAGCUGAAGCUCCUCUGCAAAACAAACUGUUUUAUUUUACUUCCCUGUAAUUCCUGCAGGGAAGAAUAUCUUCCUAAGCGUUUUGAUUAAUCAGUGAACGGUGGGAUUAACCGGGCGACCAGCAGAGCUGCGUGGAGGGAGGGGAAAGGUCGCUCUUGACUCUUGACUAGGCUGCAGUUCGUCACUACAGAACAAUGGUGCUAAUGAGAAACUCCCCCAUUCCUCUUCUUAAAUUAAUUUCACCUUUUGAGAGGAUUCUUUUUGAUUCAUGUCCAUGAACUCCACAAGGUGACUGUUGUUAUUUCUGCAGGGAAAAGCAUAUGAUGGGCUCUAACCUUUAUCUCCUCUGUCUGUCGGGUAAACCAGCAAACCUUUUUCUAACCGUUUGGUGUUUUUCUGCCGUCUUUUGCAAAUUUUCCACCGUUUUUUAUAAAGAGCAAAAUGUAGAUAUUAUUCUAAACUCUCCUUUUGUUGUCAACGCUUCUGACAAAUCAGCUGAAGCAUGUUUCACAGUCAGUGGGUUUGUCUCUGCUAACACACUGACUGUGAGUUUUCUCAGCGGCUUUCCCCAAAAACUAACUCUACCGUUUGCCUAUAUGGCCACAAGGUGCCUUAUAGAGAAACAGGAUUUACAUGAUGACUUUGACUCUGAAACACAUCUCCCAGGGUGCAGUCGAAUAUACAGCAGGGAUAUUACCAAGUUGUAGUUCCAGUUGUACGUCGCAAAAAUAUGUAAUAUUCAUGCAGGCUUCUGAGAGCACAGCGGGGUGGAUGUAGAUUUUCUCUCAGGUUCAUGACUUUUAAACAUCAGUAAAGCUGUUUUCAGACAUGAACUCUGGAAAAUGUCCAAAAAUUGUAUUAAGUAAUUUCCUGAAGUUUGUCUUUCUCACAAAACUCUUCCGGAAAAAACGUUUAGGAAACUGAAAACAGCUUCUGGUUAAAUGAAUGAAGGGAGUCAGGGACUGAAGGAGAACAGCUCCAGACCUGAGGGCCUCCUGAAAUCAAAGACAUGGAGAUGAAGGAGAAGAAGCUGCUGCAGAGCAAACUGCAGUAAUUUCUGAACUUAUUAAAAUUCAAACAGUAGUAAAUUGAGUGUAGGUGUCAACAACAGAAACAUCGGUAUUAUGUGUCUGACAGAUUCAGCUCCAGUCCAGGGGCUCGUUAGAAAUGGUGACCAGGCCCAUGCAUAAAUACCCAAAGCUAACAUCUGUCUGCUGGAAAUGCCACAACCCAUAUAUGGUGAGUGUGCACCAAUAGGCUGACCGGCUCUGAUACAGGUGCCAAAAUACCAACGCUAUAACAGCACGACUGGGAAACGUAUUUAAAGCAGUAACAUGAGGAAAUAGCACAUUUGACUUUCUGUCAGUUUAGGAGUUAAAAUUAGAAUCAAGAUCUGUUCAGAGGCUGCAGUGUGUUUCUUUAAAGUUUAAAUUCACCAGUUGGGAUGUUUGUGUGGACUCUUCCUGUCAAAGAAUGAAACCAAAUGCAAUAACUCUUCAUUCCAGGAGCUGCUCUGUGUUUUCUUCUGCAAUCACUUGUUGUAAUUUGUCCUGAUUCAGUAGUUUAGGUGGUUUCACUGGACAACAGUAAAUCCGACUUCCUGUCAGCGACUCUUGUCUUUGCCGAGGUCAGAGGGCGAAACAAACGCACCCUCUCUGAACGUGGCUCCUCCCAGCUGGUGGAGUUGUGUAAUCCUCCCUUCUCUCUCCUUCCUUCCUCCUUUUUUCAGCACCAUAACUUUCCUUUGGCAAAGCGCCGUCUACUGAUCAUGUGACGUCUCAGUUUUCAGGGUUUCUCACAGAUGUUCAUGUGAUCAGUCUCAGUUGGAGUUUCUCUUCCCUGCUGUGACUCUGAAGGGGUUUGUUCCUUUUUAAUCAGGCAACAUUUAAAACACCUGCAGGCAGAAGUGACUCAUCUCACAACCCACAAAAAAAAAGAAACUGACCUAAACUUAUUAUGGCACCAAAAACCUUUGGUUAAAAAUCAUGAACUGUUUGUUUUAUUUGUUUCCUAUCAGUUGAAGGAGGUGAGGUGCAGUCAGUGUGAUUCACAGCAGCUCCUCCACACGUGUGCUUUGUAGUUAAAGUAUCUAAAGUUGUGCAGGAGCCAGAAAAUAUGUCAGUUUCUUUGGAAGGAGAAACCUUCAGAUUAGCAUUUGAGUGGAAGCUAUGGAAACCUUUACUGCAUCUUUACUUGAGACAGAACAGGGAAGCAACACAUCAGUCACAUCUUAAAGAGGAACACUUUGUUAUGGCUGCGAUUCAUCGGCAUUAAUCAUAAUUUUUAAAUGCAGCGCUUCUUAAAGUGACAGAACAGGAAGACGAAAGGGACCUUGUUCAGUUUUUUUUGUGUUUUUAUUAGAAGUAGAUUUGCAAUAAAAACCAGCUGAGAGAUGAAGGCGGUGACGAUGACUAACCAGCUGUUCUUCCUCCUCGCUGUGGCCGAGGAGACGACUUCACCGUCCAACACAGAAACACAAAGUCUGACCGGGUUUAUCUGUGGUUUGCACUUAAAGUCGGCACAUGGACUCACAUCUACAGGGGCUCUGUCGGAUGUCUUUUUGUUGUUUUCUAUGGUCUUUUCUGUUUUAAUCCUGAUUAUUUUGUUUGUACAUUUGUACAUAUUUGUUUUGGGUUGUUAUGUUUUUGUUGUACAGCUACGAUCAGUUCUGAAAUGACGCAGUUUCAGCUCCUCCUCGUCUUUGUCCAUAUGAGCAUCAUCUUAAACACAGUGAUUCCUGCCACAUCUGUAUUUGAAGCCUCCCUAUUCCCUGGGGAGGUCGCAGGUCAGCAGCAGGACUAGUUUGAAGAAGCUUCAGCUCCUGGUUCAGAGUUAGCAAGCACUUUAGUAACCGGGUUACGUCGACUCUCUCCUGUAACAUCACUGGAUUCACAGCCAGGUUUCCUCCUGGUGUACACAUGGUCUCCAGAUAUGGAGACCAUGUGUACACCAACAGACAUGUACACAUCGAAGGCUGCAGACAGGAAGAGUCACAGCUGGAUAAACGAGACAAACCCAGGCUGCCUCUUGUUUCAUGUUUACACCUGAAGAAAACUGAUUCUGGCUCCAAAUUUGGGUUUCGGCUAAAUAAUUAGCUCCUUUGCACCUUGAGAAAAAGCUCAGUCUGCUCUGACACAGAAACAUAUGAGUAAUGAUUCCAAACAUAAAGACGACAACAGAGAGGAAACCUGGUGACAGACCUGAUGCAUGUUCAUGUGGAUUCACAGGAAGCAGGUUAUGUGAAUAACCUGAAUUCAGUCUGGGGAACCUGGUUGCUCCAGUUCCAGGUGAACGCGUCGAUCUCCUUGCUAAUCCUGCUGCUGUUUAAAAUAUACAGAACACAGUUGAUGUAUUCUAACUUCAGGUCCAAUGAGUUUAUACCUAUUUACUUUUCACUUUUCUGAAUUUAUCAAGUCUCUGCUCUGCUCAGUCGAUCACUAUCAACUCAGUAAAUCUGAAAAUGACUUCCAGCAUGUGACAAUUUUAUACAUCUCCCAAGCAAACGCUGCCAUCUUGUGUUCUUUGGAGUCACAGUGUGCUGAGUGAUCGUGAAGUGGAGUCGUGGUAUCGAGGUCCCACCCCUCACACGUCAGUCUCAGCUGUCCAUCAUGAUAUCUUGUCCCAGAGAUAGAAUAGUCCUACAGAAACAAAACACCAGCGAGAUGACCGCCCUAAAUAAAUGAUAUAAAAUCUUUGUCCAUUCAAAUGUAUUUCAAACCACUAACGACAUAAAAGCAGUGAAAGUUAGAAACAUUUCUGCAGUUGGUUGCACUAAUUUGUUGAAUAAUGAAGCGAUGGAUUUAUUCACCGAGCGGUGUGAACAGCAGAGACCUGCAGGACUCAGAUAUCCACUGAUUACAGCUGCAGACAUCUUAGAUAAAUGAAAACCUGUUAUAUGUAUUUUUUCUGAGGAGGAAACCUGCGACAGCUGAAACAGGGCAGCGUUCUGUCACUUUGUUUUUUGUGUGGGAGCUGUUAACAGCUUUUAAGUUCUCAUUGAUGGUGGCAGUUUUUUUUUUAUUAUUAAUUUUAAAGCAUCUUUAAAAAAGGGCUGAAAUCAGAAUGUAACCCAGUGUAUCUUUGACCAAUACUAAUUCUUUCAGAAAUCUUUAAGUUUAUGUUAUAAAUGAUGCAUCGCUUAAAGUGG